CCUCUUAUAUUAUCCCUCCCCAUCUCAGCACCGACGCAAGACACCACUUACACAUCCGCUCUCUCACCGUACUUCUGCUGGUCGGAAGUCAAACGCUCACUCACUACGUUCUCUGGGUCGUCAGAAUGCCCCGUCGUCCCCCUCCUUCAGCGCUUCUCCUUUCGAAAGGACCUACGCCUGCUCGAGGAUAUCCCAAGUUCACACUCCCCGCCAAGCCCCAGCGCGUCCUGAUUCCCAUACAAGCCUCACCACUAUCACACCUGGACAGCGUCUUACAUCGAUGUGCAUUGCCAUCAUCAUCCUCCGAGCCGAAUGCCCUGUUACUGCCUCCUGCUCCGACCAUGGCAAAGCGAAGGCAGAUGUCAGUUUCAAGCGAAACACCCCCACCUCCCUUAGUGCUGGAGCGCUCGCAGAAAUAUUUGUUCUGGUAGACCUUUGUUUGAGCAUGUGUAUGUUCUUCAUGGUUUCGUUCGGGACCGAGGGGACAAGGAGUACAGAUGCGAGAGAACUACUAGUCCAACUUCACGAAUCCUUGUAGUUCUUUUUGCCCAUGCAGAUGUGUCCGGUGCAUUUUGAUAUGUUUCAUGGUGUGGACUGAGGGAACUCGAGUGUCACUUGAGCACUUCGAGCGUUGUACAGGACAGUAGUGCGCACGAAGUCACGAGCCUUGGACUUGAACAGGCGAGAUGAUAAGUUGUCACUUGGGGGUGGCGCGAGCAGAGCUCGC